ACAAAAUAGAUACAGAGAGAAGAGAGGGAGCUUCUGCUUGCUUGGUGUUUUGAAUAUAUACAUUCAUAAUUUCUUAUAACCUGGGUUCUCGUAAUUGAUAGAUCAAUGUUGUCAACUGAACUGUCUUCUGUUUAUCAAAGUUUCUGCGAUGGAGCCGGCGUUCUCGGGAAUAUCUUUGCCUUUGGGUUGUAUCUGUCACCACUGUCAACAUUUAACAGAAUUAUUAGAAACAGGUCAACAGAACAAUUUUCUGGAAUGCCUUACAUAUAUGGACUUUUGAAUUGCUUGAUAUGUUGCUGGUAUGGAAUGCCUAUAGUGAAGAGUGGUAUUAUACUGGUGGCUACAGUCAAUUCAGUUGGGACUGUUUUCCAGUUAGUUUACUUGAGCAUUUUCAUUUCUUAUGCCGAAAGAGCGGUUAAGAUGAGGAUGUUGGGAUUGUUAAUUGCAGUUUUCGUUCUAUUUGUGUCCAUUGUCGUUGUCAGCUUAAGUCUUUUCGACUACAAUGGGAGGCAACUAUUUGUUGGAUACUUGAGUAUUGCUUCACUUAUUUUCAUGUAUGGUUCGCCAUUGAUUGUCAUAAAUUUGGUGAUCAAAACAAAAAGCGUUGAGUUCAUGCCAUUUAAUCUUUCUUUUGCAACUUUCUUAGUGAGUUUCUCCUUCACUACCUAUGGAGUGUUCAAAAUGGACCCUUUUCUCUAUAUGCCAAAUGGUAUUGGAACAAUGUUAGCCCUUGUACAGUUGGUUCUGUACUGCCGCUACAAAAAUCCAUCUGAAGAAGAUGCGGAAGAAGAAGAAGAACCAUUGCUAGCUACACAUCCGUGACCGAAUUUCCUUUGGAGAAAUGCUUGGCCUUCAGUACAAAAUUUACUUUGGAGAAAUUCAUCAAUUUCUUCAAACUAUACGUUGUUUGAUAUAAAUUGUUACAUUGAGAGAAGAGUAUCAGAUUUUGAAGGAAUGUUUCUCAUAAGGAUGCAAAUCCUUUUAAUUCUUAGUGUGUAAUAUGUUAUUUAAAUAUUUACCAAAGUUACUGCCUUC